UCGUGCCAGUUCCAAUUGCUUUUUCUUUAUAUAACUUAUUCUAUUCUCAGUUGCAUGUAUUGCUGCCACAUUUCUCAUUCUCAUACGAAGAACUGAAGAAGGAUGGUCAUAACUACCACCAUUGCUGCCGACUCCAACGAGCUUUUGCACUCCACUUUUGCUUCCAGAUAUGUUCGCACUCCUGUUCCAAGGUUUAAGAUGCCAGAGAGGUCGAUGCCCAAGGAAGCAGCAUAUCAGAUGAUUAAUGAUGAGCUGAUGUUGGAUGGGAAUCCAAGGCUUAACUUGGCUUCCUUUGUCACCACUUGGAUGGAGCCCGAGUGUACUGAUCUCAUCAUGACUUCCAUUAACAAGAAUUAUGUUGACAUGGAUGAGUACCCAGUUACCACGGAGCUCCAGAAUCGGUGUGUGAAUAUGAUAGCUCACCUGUUCCAUGCUCCUGUUGGAGAUGAUGAAACUGCAAUUGGAGUAGGGACUGUGGGAUCAUCAGAGGCGAUCAUGCUGGCUGGAUUAGCUUUUAAAAGGAAGUGGCAGAACAAGAGAAAAGCAGAGGGCAAAACUUACGAUAAGCCCAACAUAGUGACCGGAGCUAAUGUGCAGGUCUGCUGGGAGAAAUUUGCAAGGUACUUUGAAGUUGAACUGAAGGAGGUGAAGCUGACAGAGGGCUAUUAUGUGAUGGACCCUGUGAAAGCAGUUGAGAUGGUAGAUGAGAAUACAAUCUGUGUUGCAGCCAUUUUAGGAUCAACCCUGACGGGAGAAUUUGAAGAUGUGAAGCUUCUUAAUGAACUACUCACUAAAAAGAAUGAGGAGACUGGAUGGGAUACCCCAAUUCAUGUUGAUGCUGCCAGUGGAGGCUUCAUUGCUCCUUUCGUUUACCCAGAUCUUGUGUGGGAUUUCCGUUUGCCAUUGGUGAAGAGUAUUAAUGUAAGUGGUCAUAAGUAUGGUCUUGUAUAUGCUGGUGUUGGUUGGGUAAUUUGGAGGACUGAGGAAGACCUGCCAGAGGAGCUUAUUUUUCACAUUAACUACCUUGGGUCUGAUCAACCCACUUUCACUCUCAACUUCUCAAAAGGUAAUUGGUAAAGGAUGAGAAGAAAAAAA